CUCUCCGUCCGCCACCCCUGUUACCCACCAAGGCCCAGCCCCUCGUCACUCAUUCCCCGCAAUGGCGGCGCCCGAGCCGCGGCGGCUGCGCCUGCGCCUGCUGCCCCUCCUCGCCGCGGCCGUGGCGUGCUCCCUGCUGCGCGCGUGCGGCGCCGCCGGGGCGACCACCGGCACGCUCGGCCUCCGCCACAAGCCGCCGAGGCAGCAGCACAACAGCACGCGGCACGCCGGCGGCGGGCGCCCCUGGGGCCGCGCUGGCGCAGCAGGCGGGACCGGCACGGGCAUGGCGUCGUGCAACCUGUUCCAGGGCAGCUGGGUUUACGACGACUCGCUGCCGAUGUACGACGCGGCGGGGUGCCCCUUCGUGGAGCCGGAGUUCGACUGCCAGAGGUACGGCCGCCCCGACAAGCAGUACCUCAAGUACCGGUGGCGCCCGGCCUCCUGCGAGCUCCCGAGGUUCAACGGGCAGGACCUCCUGAGCCGAUGGAAGGGGAAGAAGGUGCUGUUCGUGGGGGACUCCAUCAGCCUGAACCAGUGGGAGUCGCUGGCGUGCAUGCUGCGCGCGGCGGCGCCGGCCUCCAAGGUCGCCUACACCAGGGGCAACCCCGUCUCCACCGUCACGUUCCAGGACUACGGGGUGUCGGUGGCCUACUACCGGAGCACCUACCUCGUGGACAUCGUCGAGGAGCCCGUCGGCCGGGUGCUCAAGCUCGACUCCAUCACCGCCGGCGGCGCGUGGCUCGGCGCCGACGUCCUCGUCUUCAACACGUGGCACUGGUGGACGCACACCGGCAGGGACCAGCCGUGGGACUACGUGCAAGACGGAGGGCAGGUGAUGAAGGACAUGGACCGGCUCACGGCCUUCUCCAAGGGGAUGUCCACGUGGGCCAGGUGGGUCGACUCCAACGUCGACACAUCCAGGACCAAGGUCUACUUCCAGGGCAUCUCUCCGACCCACUACAACGGAGCCGACUGGGGCGAGGGCUCGCGGAGCUGCGCGCAGCAGACGCAGCCGGUGGCCGGGUCGGCGUACCCGGCGGGCCCCGUGCCGGCGCAGGCGGCGGUGAGGGCGGCGCUCGGCGGCAUGUCGAAGCCGGUGUACCUGCUCGACGUGACGCUGCUGUCGCAGCUCAGGCGGGACGGGCACCCGUCGGCCUACAGCGGCGGCCACCCGGGCAACGACUGCAGCCACUGGUGCCUCGCCGGCGUGCCCGACGCGUGGAACCAGAUCCUCUACGCGUCGCUCCUCGCAUAGGACCACCCCGGGGGGGAACACAGAAAGGCACAUACUAUACCGGCUGAUCCAAUUGGUGGCGCAAGCUAUAGCCAUUUCCCAUUUUCUUUUGGUGGCAUUGGUGUUUCAUAGUCUUUGUUUGGGGAGUAUUUAAAUUGGCGAUUCAGUUGCUGUUCAGCUUCAAAAUGUACUACAGAAGGUGGAUUUUCUUUGCUCUUCGAUAGGAGAAUACUACUGAAUAUGAGAUGUCUGAUGGCAGCAAGUGUGGUCACGACUUACGAACAGGCAAUCCGCUGAAAGUGACGGGUUAUGUUCA